AUGAAGAACAGUAACUACAUGAGGUACAUGCUGAACAGAGAUAUGCAAUUAGACCAUUUGGGUUUCAAUAUGGAGCUUACACUUGCACUGGCUAGAGAUUUGAACAUGAAGCUCUCAACUCCUCUUUGCUUUGGACUCCUGACAUUUGUAUCUGGGAUGAUCGCUCUAGAAUCAGUGCAUGGACGGCCAUAUCUCACCCAGGGAAGUAAAUUAUUUCCAGAUAAAGAAGAUUCAAAUCUUGAAGAAGUAUUGCUGGCUCUACUGAAGAAAAAUUUUGAUUUCCAGAAUCCUGCCAACAUUGAUGUUGGACUGGCUCACAAACUGGAAGAACUAAAUCAGUUAGAAAAACGAGACCAUUUUAUGGAGGCCAAGGAUGCUGAGAUGUCCUAUGCUAUGGAUGGGCUAGCCUCAUCCCAUCCAAACAAACGAGCUUGCUUUUGGAAAUACUGUGUUUAA